UUUAAGUCCAAAAGCAAUGUACGGAACUCUGUUACGAUUCCACGACCGUUGUGUACGGAACACUGUUACUGUCAACAUACAAAAUAUCGGGCUCUAAUCUCAAUAAAUCGCUCAUAGGAUUGGUCACAGUUUUCAAAGGAACCCCAAUGAGGGCUUGUUUUGUUGAUAAGAUCCUCCUCUUUUGAAUGACGUAUACCAGAAGCGUAUUGGUUAUCAUAUCACUCAAUCCUUCUGUGGUAAAUGUAACAAAACGCCGAACCCGAGGGGGCAGAGUGUACGGAACACCGUGGACAUGUUCUAAGCAUAAAGCACUGAACAGCGUCUGGCUAAAAAAAAAAUAGAAUAAGUCCAUCUGGUUUCCAUGCAUAAAGUAGGCUAAUAAUAGGCUGCUGCACGGUAGCUCGAUCUAUGCUACAACCUCGCGGUCCUCGCCUCAACCAGAGGUUUGCCAACGUUAAGCUAGCUAGCUAGCUAGCAAGUACAUUCUACUCUCGGGCAAAGAUGGAGGCAAAGCUCCGAGUAGUAAUUGAGGACCAGAUUGAGAAGUUGCUCCUUCCAUCAGGGAUCCCAUCCACUGUGGAGGAACUGCAAACUGUUGUGAAGGAGACCUUUGGAAUAUCUGUUGAGUUCAGUCUCCAGUAUUUGGAUUCUGAGUUUGAAGAUUUCUUUACCCUCCAUAGAAGUGACCAAAUCAAACACAAGGACACCAUAAAGGUUGUUAAGGCCGACCAAAUUCUUCUUGACCUGUUUGCAGUUGAAGAUAAUUUGGACAGUUCCAUUGGUCAACAAUCAAGUGACUGUGAUCCUAGAUCUGAUGCAGAGUCAGUUGCAUUAAGUUCAGAGUCAUCCUGUGGAUCAGUGUCCUCACAGGCGUCUACUGUUAUCCUGCCCAAGAAAAGUUCCACAGAGCGAUGCCAACAUUGGCCAAAGGAGUUCCCUAUUCCACAGUUUGCAUAUGAAACUGAGAUGUGCCUUGAAAGAGCAGCUGAAGACUAUCAGAAGAAUGGAACUCUUCUGAAUACUUCAAAGGUGAAGGCAGACAUACUUGAGAAACUGUCUGAAACUAUGUAUACAUAUACAGCAUAUCCAUCAGGUGCACAGAUCAGUGACGUUGCUGAGGCACUUUGCACGAAGUAUCCAUUUCUCAAGGAACCAGGCUCAUUCUCAGGUUUCUAUGGCUGGCAACAAAGCUUAAAGUACAAGAUGGCAAAUUAUCGCACUAAACUUAGAGGCUUCGGAGUUCCUGAAGUUAUAUGCAAUGCACUCAAACGCAAAAGCCCUGCUGACCAGAAGUCUGCAAGGAGUGUCAAAAAGCCUAGAAAGGCAGAAGUAAACUACCUCCCCCCUUACCCGGCAGGAGAGAAUGAAGAAAGUCAAGAACAAGAGAGGAUUCAGCUACUCACUGAAGUAAGGAAAAGGGACAACAGCAAAGUGAUAAAGGAAAAAAUGGGGAAAACAUUUGCACACAGAAGAAAUGAAAUUGUCAACCAAUCACCCAGGAUUGAGGACAUCAAUGCCAGAUGGCCUGCUCUAUUUGAGGCAUCUCAAAUUCAGGAUGAGUUUUACAGAAUCACAAUGGUGCAUCUUGAGUCGAAGUUCAUGGCCAAGCUGGAUGAAUAUACUCCGAAGCUUGUGAAUCUCUUCCAAUCCAAGGGUGGAACCAUGGGGUUGAGGUUGCAGGCGAUCUUACUCAAGGCUCCAACCAAUCCUACCACUAACGUGACCAGAGCUGUUGUCAUCCGAUGUUUGGUGGUGUACCUUGGGGAAUCUUUAGAUCAUCUCCUUAAAGAGUAUGAUGAUACUGAUGGAGACAGUGUGUCACAGGACCUUGCUGUGCAAAGGAUUAAAAUCUACACCAUCAAGGCGAAUACAUCAGAAGGUCCAGACGACGUUGGUAUCGUGGUAGAGGGCCUGAAAGUUCUGACCGCUCUGGGCAACUUUGCAAGGGCUUGCUCCAUGCUCGUUGGGUUGAUCUAUGCUGUAAAUUUGGCCUAUCCCAAGGAGCUCAAAUAUACGUUUGAAGUCUUCCAGAAACUCCUCCUCGAGCUGGACUGUUCAAAGCUGACCCCAAAAGUGAACAACCUCAAGAACAAACUGCUAGCUUAAGAAUAUGGUCUCUUGCCAAAUAGAAGUCUUUUGACAUGUUGUCAACUCUUACGAUGUAACCUUCAAAUGCUUCACAAUUGCCCAUCAAUCAUACUAAGUAAGUGGUAUUGUCUUCUUUCUUUUUUUUUAUCUAAGAGGCAACUUUUCGUGUGACAUGCAUUUGAAUGUAACAUUGUUACAGUUAGCAACAAGUAAGUUUGAGUGUUGCAAUGAUUCUUCAGAAAUAACGAUCAACCAUACAGUGGGAAUGGCAUUCUUUAAGGAAGUGGUUCAUUUUUUCACCUAAUUUUGUCAGAGGCAACUAUUUUUGUACCCUGUGAUUUCUAUUGUGAUUCUAGUGCUUUAAACUUUAUUUUUUUAUUUAACAAUGAAGUACUUUCAUUUAAGUCUCUGUGGUCUCACUUCAAAUACAGGUGCAAGCAGUAUCCAGCUAGUUUGGUGUUUUCUUCUCGUUUUGGAGUAAAACUCAUGUGUUGUUGAGACACGUUCAACGUCUUUCUGUUGAAUUGAUUAUUCAUUUUGUACACAUGCAUAGUACAGAACUGUUACUGUAACUCACACACAGUGCUAGACUCCGUUGUAAAAUUGUUGAUAGAAAAUGCAGAGGAGGGCAAUGCAUUUAUUUUUGUAUCCUAUUUGAAAUAUCUGACGAUCUGUUGUAUGAUUUCAUGUAAAAUAAAACAUUUUGCAGUAAG